AUGGGUGAAACAGAUUCCAACACUAAAGAUCUUAUUCUAGAACAUUUCACGUAAGAUUUGAUAAAACUUUCAAUUGUAGCCUUAUUUUGGUGUUUUAGCUGUAAUUUCUUUUUUUAAUUUUAAAGUAUAUUUUUGACCUAUAUUAAUAUACCAAGGUUGGGCGUUUAAAUAUUGGUAAGAAAGGAGGUUUUUUUUCAACUCAUAAUUUGUAUUAUUUUAGACUUGUUGGUUUUAUAAUUGUCGCAACAAUAGCCUGUUUAAUAGCGAUUGGUACUAUUAUUGCUUGCUGGUUUGAUCUUCAAAAUCGUCGUCGAACAUUGCCUACAGAUGGCAAAAAGGUCGUGGUUAAGAAGAAGGGCAGCAAGAAGAAAAGAGGCAGAGGAGUAAGUUGAUCUUUCUAAUAUAACUUGGCUUAUACCUUAGCUUUUCUUACUAUAAUUUGACUUAUAUCUUAACUAGGCUUACUAUGACAUAACUUAUAUCUUUAUUUAUAUACUAAUUUGUAUAACCGUGUGCCUUUAUUUGGCAUGUACAACAUUCGUAUCUAUAACUUUUACAGAGUAACCAAGACUCAAGUCAAAUGUCGGGUUCGAAGAUUAUCGACAAUUCGAAAACCGAUAAUAUUGCCUCAGGCACUCCUCACAUUGGCUCGGUAGUUUGUGGUACAGCCAAAGCCUUGAGUAAGACUCAUGCUUCGAAAAGAAUGACAUUGUCUGAGAAACGACGAGCUAUGGAGAUUGCAGCCAAGACUUUCAGUACCUCUAGUGGCUACAUGGAUAAUACACAGUCUUCUGGGUCAGAUAGUGAACAUAGACAGAUGCGAACGGCUGAGGAGCUGGAGGAACGUGGAGCAAAGGUAGGUCAUAGGUUUUAAAGGCGAUUUUUCUAAAAUUUUGAUAAAUAUUUUUUGAAAAUGCUAUUUGACUAUUUUUUGAUUAAUUUUUAAAAAUAUGAUAAAAUAUUUAAAUUAUGACAAAAUUUGAAAAUAUAUAUAUUAAUAUAAAUAUGCUUUCAGCGCCGUUAUAAAGAUGUGGACAAGACCCAAGCUUCUUCUCGUCAUCGUACCACCAGAAGCUCCAAGAGUAAGCGCAGAAGCCGUAUUAGUCGACGAAGCCAAACCAGGACUGGCACAUCGUCUUCUAGCUCUUCUUCUUCAUGUAGUUCGGCAAGUGGCAGCACAACGAAGACAGAAGAUAAUCACGACAAAAAGAAAUAA